GUGAGCCACCACCAGCCCAUCCUACUUUUUUUUUUUUUUGAGACAGAGUUUGGAUCUUGUUGCCCAGGCAGGAGUGCAGUGGCGCCAACUCGGCUCACCACAACCUCCGCCUCCCGGGUACAAGCGAUUCUCCUGCCUCAGUCUCCCGAGUAGCUGGGACUACAGGCACGUGCCACCAUGCCCGGCUAAUUUUGGUAUUUUUAGUAGAGACAGGGUUUCACUAUGUUGGCCAGGCUGAUCUCAAACUCCUGACCUCGUGAUCCACCCACCUCAGCCUCCCAAAGUGCUGGGAUUACAGGCUUGAGCCACCGCACCCGGCCGGAUCUACUUUUUUUUAAACCCAUUAACCAUCCCCACCGCCCCCAACAAGCCUCUACUACCAGCCUCCGGUAACCAUCCUCCUAGUCUCUAAGUCCAUGAGUUCACUUAUUUUGACUUUUAGAUCCCACAAAUAAGUGAGAACAUGCGAUGUUUGUGCUUGUUUUGUUUUUUUUCUUUUUGAGACGGAGUCUCGCUCUGUCACCCAGGCUGGAGUGCAGUGGCGCCAUCUCGGCUUACUGCAAGCUCCGCCUCCCGGGUUCACGCCAUUCUCCUGCCUCAGCCUCCCGAGUAGCUGGGACUACAAAUGUGCGCCACCACGCCCAGCUAAUUUUUUGUAUUUUUAGUAGAGACGGGGUUUCACCGUGUUAGCCAGGAUGGUCUCGAUCUCCUGACCUUGUGAUCCGCCCGCCUCGGCCUCCCAAAGUGCUCGGAUUACAGGCGUGAGCCACCGCGCCCGGCCGAUGUUUGUGUUUUUGUGCCUUGUUUAUUUUGCUUAACAUAAUCUCCAGUUCCAUCCAUGUCGUUGCAAAUGGCAGGAUCUCAUUCUUUUUGGAUGGCUGAAUAGUACUCCUUUGUGUAUAAAUACCACAUUUUCUUUUUCCAUUCUUCUGUUGAUGGACACUUAGAUUUCUUCCAAAUCUUGGCUAUUGUGAACAGUGGCGCAAUAAAUAUGGCAGUGCAGGUAUCUCUUCGAGGUACAAAUUUCCUUUCUUUGGGGUAUAUACCCGGCAGUGGGAUUGCUGGAUCAUAUGGUAGCUCAAUUUUUAGUUUUGUGAGGAACCUCCAAACCGUUUUCCAUAGUGGGUGUAGUAAUUUAUGUUCCCACCAAUAGGGUACAAGGGUUCCCUUUUCUUCACAUCCUUGCCAGUGUUUGUUAUUUAUAUCACAGUUUAAAAAAAUAAUGUAAUAUACCAAAAACGAUUGAGUUGUGGGGGAAAAAAAACAACAUAAGUGCACUAGCAUUUAUGCAACUGAACAGGAACUGUCCAGUUUGUUGUCUCUUUUUUUUUUUUUUUUUUUGAGACAGGGUGUCAUUCUGUUGCCCAGGCUGCAGUUCAGUGGCAUUAUCUCGGCUCACUGCAACCUCCACCUCCCGGAUUCAAGCGUCAGCCUCCCGAGUAGCUGGGAUUUACAGGCGCAGCCAUGCAUUGAAAGUAAUGCUGAGCCUGUCCGGCAGAGCGACGGAUGUACGGAUGAUUCAGUGGCUGGCAGGAAGCCCGCCCUGCCCGCCCGCCAGUGUCAGUGGUGUUGGCAUCAGCUCGGGCAGGUGUGCGGUCUCAGGAUGGGGUGGCCGCGGUGAGGAACCCUGGACUCUCAGCCUGCGUAGCCUUGGGACAUCCCAGGGUGGUCCCAUCAUUGCCAGAGACUGGUGAAGGGUGGCCGAGAGCCAAAACAGUGGCUGCCCUGGCCUGGGAGCCUCGGUUUCCUCAUCCGUGAAAUGGGACUGUAAUCACCUACACAGGUCAGGGGAAAACGGGAUUGGGGAAGUCCAGAGAGGUCCUGAGACUUGUCCAAAGCCACGCAGCUUUCAAGGGGGACAGCCCAGGUCCUGGUGGACCUCAGGGGGAUCCCAAGGCAGGAGAGACGGAAUUUCACCGUGUUACCCAGGCUGGUCUCGAGCUCUUGACCUCAAGCGAUCCUCCCCGCCUUGGCCUCCCAAAGUGCUGGGAUUACAGGCGUGAGCCACCGCGCCUGGCCUGGGUCUGUUUCUAGUUGCAACAGUUCUUGGAAGCCCACUCGAGAGGGCCACGCCUCCAUUCACCAGGCCACGGUGGGUGGUGUGCAUGUGUUUUGCUGAGGCCUGGUCAUCACGCCGUGGCUCCAAGGCUGGGACCCGCCACAGACCAAGAAGCCAGUCAGCAUCACAGGAGGCAAUACCAGGAGCCAACAUGAGCUCGGGGACUGAACUGCUGUGGCCCGGAGCAGCGCUGCUGGUGCUGUUGGGGGUGGCGGCCAGCCUGUGUGUGCGCUGCUCACGCCCAGGUGCAAAGAGGUCAGAGAAAAUCUACCAGCAGAGAAGUCUGCGUGAGGACCAACAGAGCUUUACGGGGUCCCGGACCUACUCCUUGGUCGGGCAGGCAUGGCCAGGACCCCUGGCAGACGUGGCACCCACAAGGAAGGACAAGCUGUUGCAAUUCUCCCCCAGCCUGGAGGGUCCAGCAUCUUCCAGGUACCAGAACUUCAGCAAAGGAAGCAGACACGGGUCGGAGGAAGCCUACAUAGACCCCAUUGCCAUGGAGUAUUACAACUGGGGGCGGUUCUCGAAGCCCCCGGAAGAUGAUGAUACCAAUUCCUACGAGAAUGUGCUCAUUUGCAAACAGAAAACCACACAGACAGGUGCCCAGCAGGAGGGCAUAGGUGGCCUCUGCAGAGGGGACCACAGCCUGUCGCUGGCCCUGAAGACUGGCCCCACUUCCGGUCUCUGUCCCUCUGCCUCCCCGGAAGAAGAUGAGGAAUCUGAGGAUUAUCAGAACUCAGCAUCCAUCCAUCAGUGGCGCGAGUCCAGGAAGGUCAUGGGGCAACUCCAGAGAGAAGCACCCCCUGGCCCGGUGGGAAGCCCAGACGAGGAGGAGGAUGGGGAACCGGAUUACGUGAAUGGGGAGGUGGCGGCCACAGAAGCCUAGGGCAGACCAAGAAGAAAGGAGCCAAGGCGAAGAGGGAUCACUGUGCUCACGGACCUGUCGCUGCCUUCCAAGGACCAUUUCCCAGAGCUACUCAACUUUUCAGCCCCUGCCAUGGUUGCUCCUGGAAAGAGAACCAGCCACCCUGAGGACCACCUGGCCAUGCGCGCACAGCCCGGGAAAGGACAGUUACUCACGGGGGCUGCAGCCCCGUCACCAAGCCCUCUCCCGACCUGGGCUUUGUGGGGCAGGCACCUGGUACCGAGGGUAACCUGGCUCCUGGUAUGGACGGAUGCGCAGGAUUUAGGAUAAGCUGUCACCCAGUCCCCAUACCAAAACCACUGUCCAACACUGGUACCUGUGUCCUUUUGUGCUAAGAAUUUGGAUUCCUAAUUGCUAUUGGUGAUUGCUGGGGUUUUAAAUGAUUGAUAAGCUUGUACAGUUAACUUAUAGAGGGGGAGCCAUAUUUAAUAUUCUGGAUUUCAGAGUAGAGAUUUCUGUGUUGUCUCCAAGAAAGCAUUACAUGUAGUUUAUUUCAGCAUCCUGGUUGGGUGGGGCCCUGGCUCUCCUCCCCUUUGGUGGGACCUCCCCUUUCUUUGGGCUUCAGUUCACUCAGGAAGAAAUGAGGCUGUCGCCAUCUUUAUGCGCUUCCAGUGGAAAUGUCACUUGCUAUGGACAAUAGUGCGUGAGAGUCUAGAGAAGUAGUGACCAGAACAGGGCAGAGUAGGUCCCCUCCAUGGCCCUGGAUCCUCCUCUGCUCCAGGGCUGGCCUCUGCAGAGCUGAUUAGACAGUGUUGUGACUGUCUCAUGGGAAGAGCUGGGGCCCGGAGGGAACUUGAGUCAGAAAUGCUGCCAGAAAAAGUUAUCUCCUCCAACCAAAACAUCUCAAUAAAACCAUUUUAGUUGAAAAGCA